UUUCUUUUGGUUCUACACUGCAGGUGGUCGGUUAGCCUGUUAGCUGUUGCUCAAACUAUGCAGCAGCCACAACGACUUCACUGUCACUUCACAGAGCCAGCGACUGUCGAGGAGGCGGGUCACUGUCAGCUGCUGUUCGGUUGCGUUUGACCCGUCUGCAGUAGACAUCUCCGGGGCUUCUGGCUGUCAUUAAGCCGCACAACACAGGUGAUCUUUGAACAUGAGGGAGUCUUCGUACAUCCAAACGUUGAUGAAGGCGGCAUCGAGCAGGACUUAUUGGUUUCAGGGUCACUUCGGAUUCUCGACAAGGAUGCUGAGAUUUUGGUGGAGUUCAGGCCUCUAGAGGACACCGUGGACCCGUCCAACAUGCUGUGUGCUGGAAAGGACUCCAGCUCGGUCAUGGAGUGGACCCAGUGUCCGAGGGAGAAGACUCAGUCCCACCAGCUGCUGGAGACCCAGCACAGCUAUGAGACAGAGUGGGACAUGGUAAAUGCCGUAUCCUUCAGGAAGAAGGCCUCCACCAAUGGAGAGGGCUCUCUGAAUCACAGCCAUGAAAGGAGCCGCUUGGCAUUCUCUGUCAGCAUCAGCGACCUCAGGUCCAUCACGGUGAAGGAUGAAGGUUGGACCUUCCUCAUCCUCCAGCUGAAGGAGUCCAAUACCUCACUGCCUCCCCUACACUUCCACCAGGGUGGCAGCAGAGAGUUCCUGGACAGCCUGAGGAGGUUCGCCCUGCUCACAGAGUGUCCAGAUGAUGAAACGUGUCUGCUGGUCAGCACUCCAAACAAAGCUCUGUCUCAGUCCUUCGAGAACCUGCUGGACGACAACAACUUUGGACUCGUUCAUAAGCUUAGACGAGACCCAUAUGUGACCACGCUGGGUGGAUUCUCCAAAGUUACCAACUACAUCUUUGACGCUCUCCGAGGUGCGGAGGAGCAGCACCAGCGCCCCCCGGAGGAGGUGGCCGACCUGCUGGGUGAAGUCAUCCCUGGUCUGGAGAUUAACCAGCAGGAGGAGCCCGGCUUCGAGGUCAUUACCAGAACUGACCUGGGAGCGAGACCUCGGGUGAUCCGCGGUGAGCCGCUGUCUGUAGACGAUUGGACCAAACAUCAGGAUCCAGAGGGGAGGAUGAUAAACGUUGCACAGCUCAAACAGGCCAUCUUCAAAGGAGGUCUCUAUCAUGUGCUGAGGAAGGAGGCCUGGAAGUUCCUGCUGGGAUACUUUCCCUGGAACAGCACACUGGAGGACAGGAAGUCUGUGCAGAGGUCCAAAACUGAUGAAUACUUCAGGAUGAAGCUGCAGUGGAAGUCGGUGAGCGAGGAGCAGGAGAAGAGGAACUCCAGAUUGAGAGACUACAGGAGUCUGAUAGAGAAAGACGUGAACCGAACAGACAGAACCAACCGGUUCUAUGAAGGCAUCGACAACCCGGGCCUGGCCCUGCUCCAUGACAUCCUGAUGACCUACUGCAUGUACGACUUCGACCUGGGUUACGUUCAGGGGAUGAGCGACCUGCUGUCACCCAUCCUCUUCGUCAUGGAGAACGAGGUUGAUGCCUUCUGGUGUUUUGUCUCCUUCAUGGAUCAGAUGCACCAGAACUUUGAGGAGCAAAUGCAGGGGAUGAAGACCCAGUUGAUCCAGCUCAGCACGCUGCUCAGACUGCUGGACCCGGCGUUCUGGAACUACCUUGAAUCUCAGGACUCGGGUUUCCUGUACUUCUGCUUCCGCUGGCUGCUGAUCCGUUUCAAGAGGGAGCUCAGUUUCCAGGACGUCCUGCGGCUCUGGGAGGUGAUGUGGACCGGGCUGCCCUGCCAGAACUUCCACCUGCUGGUCUGCUGUGCCAUCCUGGACUCUGAGAAGCAGAAGAUCAUGGAGGAGAACUACGGCUUCAAUGAGAUUCUCAAGCACAUCAACGAGCUCUCCAUGAAGCUGGACAUCGAAGAGAUCCUCCAGAAAGCUGAGGGCAUAUGUCUGCAGAUCCGGAGCUGUAAGGACCUGCCUCACUCCAUCGGCACCAUCCUGGGCUUUGACACGGAGCACCGUGGAUCCCACCAGACAGAAUCCGGAUCAACAUCGGCUCCACGACCAACUCCACAGCCAGAAGUUUGCUCCAAUGGACACUUAAGAGAAAACAGACCUCAGAACAGCUGCAAAGUUGCCUUCAUAUCAUAGUCUAGAGCAUAGACUGACUCUGGGUCUGCAGAGUGGCGCCACGUUCUGACCCAGGAGGAAGAGGAGGACGAAGACUAGGAGGAGGAAUGUAAAAAUAAUUUCAGAUGACCCAGAAUCUUAUUUUUGUAACUUUGUUCGUCUCCUGAUGUUUUCUAAACUGCAGCAAUCACAGGAAGCGAUCUUUUCCUCAGCUCAGACAUUCUGAUGACAUCAUCAGGUCUGAUGACAUCAUCAGGUCCGAUGAGCUCCAGAGAACCUGGUUCUGUUAUCUAUCGAUCAGCUGAUAAUCUGAUCACUUCCUGUUGUAUUUGUCGGUGUAAAGUUUGUCGGCUGUUGUCAAUAAAGUUUUAAGAAACAA